GCCACCAUGCUGGGCCUGGACGCAUGUGAGCUGGGGGCGCAGCUGCUGGAGCUGCUCCGGCUGGCGCUGUGCGCCCGAGUCCUCCUGACCGACAAGGAGGGGAGACAGCUGCCCCCUGACGAGGCCCUGGACGAGGCUGUGCCCGAGUACCGGGCCCCGGGGAGGAAGAGCCUGCGAGAGAUCCAGCAGCUGGACCCGGAGGAUGAGAGCCUGGCUAAGUACAAGCAGGCACUGCUGGGGCCCCUGCCACCGGUUGUGGACCUGAGCCUGCCCAACGUGCAGGUGACCAGGCUGACGCUGAUGUCGGAGCAGGCUCCGGGGCCCAUCACCAUGGACCUCACAGGGGAGCUGGCCGUGCUGAGAAACCAGGUGUUUGUCCUGAAGGAGGGUGUUGAUUACAGAGUGAAGAUUACCUUCAAGGUCAAUAAGGAGAUCGUCAGUGGCCUCAAGUGUCUGCACCACACCUACAGGCAGGGCCUGCGCGUGGACAAGGCCGUGCACAUGGUGGGCAGUUACGGCCCGCGUGCCCAGGAGUAUGAGUUUGUGACCCCGCUGGAGGAGGUGCCCCGAGGAGCACUGGUGCGGGGUGCUUACGUGGUCACGUCCUUCUUCACCGACGAUGACAGGACGGACCACCUGUCCUGGGAGUGGGGCCUCCACAUCUGCCAAGACUGGAAGAGCUGAGCGCCCCCACCCCGGGGACCGUCCUCCCACCUGGAGUCCUGCUUUCCCCGCCCCUCCGUCAGUGAUCACACCCCCUCCCACACCCCCUGCUCCAUCCUGGGACGCCCCCUCCCUGGGCUGGCACUGUGCCCUGAACAGUCCUAUUAAAGUCGCCUUGUCUCAGUG